AGUAUAAUUAACAGUUUAUUAAUUAUAGAGAACUCAGACAAAUGAGAACUCCAAAUGAUUAAUAGUCAUUUGGAUUACGUUAAGAUAAUCUUGAUUAAAUGAUCUUUUAACAUAAUCUUCAAGAUAAAUAAAAACAUUAAAGAGCAAUAUCUUCUUUAUAAAAUAAUUAUAGAUAAGGUACUCCAAUUACAGAUUUAGAAGAAUUAGAAGGAGAAAAAUUGUUUGAUUAAUUUUUUAAGUUGAGUAAUUCUAAAAGUGAUAGUGAUAUUAUGAGGGAUUCAAUUUAAAGAGAAACCAAAUCAACUGAAUCUGAAUUUUUAAAAUUUGUAGAAAAUGCAAUAGAAUAUCAUAAAUAAUCAGAACUUCAUUUCAGACCUGGAAUAAAAAAGAAUUCUUAAUUAGAGAAAAAACUUAAAGAACUCAAUAUCUCAAAUAGAUUAUUGGCAAAUGAAUUGAAUCGUUACAAAUAAAAAGAAUAUGAUUUGAAAAAUAAGGUUAAAUAGAUGUAAAAAGAAUUCUAGAGUGAGAUUUCUUAAUUAAGUUAAAAAAGUGAAUGGUUGGAAGAACUAUUAAUAAAAUAGAAGAUUGAUAAUGAGAAUUCUCUUUUAGGUUUAAAAUAAUCUUUAGAGAUGAUAUAAGGGAAAUGUAAAUGUUAAAAAGGAAUGAUAGAUAAAAUUAUAAAGGAUGUAAAAUCAUAAGCUAGAUCUUAAUUUGAUUUAUAAGUAACAAACUCUUCAUCAGAACUUAGUAGUAAUACUGAAGAAGAAGAAUUUCUAUAUGAUUUCUUUAAAAGAAGAAAAUCUCUUUCAAAAGUAAUAUAUAUUAUUAUUUAUAAUUCAGAAUUCAUAAGAUCAUUAGUUUUUGUAAAAUAAAUUAAAAAAUACAAAAGAUUAUGCACAUGAUUUCUUUCUGCGUAAAAAAUCUGCAAAAGAUCCCUAUUACACAUGA